AUGUCACUUUCUGCCUACAACAGCUGUUCUGGAGAGUCACAAACUUUGUUCAGGGCAGGCCGUUUACUUCAGCAGUUCUUGGUCGAUGCUUCUGCUUGUAUAGAGGAAGACAGACUCAACUGGAUGCGACACUAUCAGAGACAGCUACUGGCAGAGUUGUAUAGCGGAUUAAGAGAUGCAAUUAGGCAAGCAGGCCUCAUGCCUGAUAGCAUUGGCAGAAUGACAGAUGCAAUGGCCAUAUGUCGCUCCAUGGGUCAUCCCGACUUAUUCUUGACAUUCACAUGCAACCCAAAGUGGCCAGAAGUCCAGUACUUUAUUGAAACACUGGAAGGCCAGAAGAGUGAUGACAGAAUUGAUGUUGUCAUUCGUGUUUUCUCGAUAAAGUUGUGGGAGUUGAUGGAUGAUAUAAAGCGCCGCAAUAUAUUCGGAAGAGUCGUUGCUGUUGUCUACACAAUAGAAUUCCAAAAGAGAGGCCUACCGCAUGCCCACAGAUUAGUCUUCUUACAUGCAGAGGAUAAAAUCCAGACAGCAUCGCGGAUUGAUGAGAUCAUCUCUGCCGAGAUUCCCAAUAAAGAGGAGGACCCAGCAGCGUACAACAUAGUUGAGAAAUUCAUGGUCCAUGGCCCUUGCGGCAUUUUAAAUCGAAACUCUCCAUGUAUGGUGAAGGAUUAUUGCGCCAAUCAUUUUCCAAAGAAAUUCCAUGCUAAAACAACGAUGGAUGAAGGAGCAUUCCGCAUAUACAUGAGAAGAAAUGAUGGAAGGUACAUUAUUAAGAAUGACACACAGCUUGACAACCGUUAUGUUGUCCCCUAUAGUAGGAAUCUCCUAGUAAAAUUCGAUGCUCAUUUGAAUGUGGAGCUGUGCAACCGGUCAAUGUCAUUGAAGUACCUCUUCAAAAACGUCAAGAAAGGCCCGAUUCGAUUCACCUCGAUCAACUCAAAUGCUGACAAGGCUGACAGUAGUAGGAUGCAGCAGGUGAAUGACCAUGACGAGAUAAACGCGCACCUCGAUUGUAGAUACAUUACUGCUGCAGAGGCUGCUUGGCGAAUUUUUUGGUUUGAAAUGUUCUACCGUGAACCAGCUGUAGAGCGUCUAUCCUUCCAUCUACCUGACCAACAAAUUAUUUAUUUCCCAGAAGCGAUGCAGGUUCAAAGCGCCUUGCAUCGACCUGGAACUGGAAGGACGAUGUUCACUGAGCGGAUGAGAUUAAAUUCGGAGGACCGCAAGGCUCAGCAACUCUCAUAUGCAGAAUUCCCUAUGAAGUUUGUUUGGAACAACAACGGGAAAAUUUGGACAAGAAGAUGCAAUGGUAGGAUUUUCUAUGUUCCCCCAACAACGGGAGAGAUGUAUUAUUUGUGUUUGCUCCUGAACGUUGUUAGGGGCAGCCGUUCUUACCAGGAAAUUAGAACUGUGAAUGGUGUCAGUUAUCCUACCUUUAAGGAGGCAUGCUAUGCUCUAGGUUUAUUGGAAGAUGAUCAAGAAUGGCAUGAUUGCUUGAAAGAAGCAUCCACCUGGGGUUCUGGAACGGAGCUCCCGCAACUGUUCUGCGCUAUUUUACUGUUCUGUGAGAUUGUUGACCCGGCUCAGCUUUGGGAAAGGAACUGGAAGGUACUCUCGGUGGACAUUUUGUAUGAGCAACGUAAGCUACUGAACUUUCCCAAUGUUAAUUUGACUGAUGAACAAGUACAAAAUUAUGCACUCUCGGAGAUUGAAAAGAUUCUCAUAAAAGCAGGGAAGUCAUUGGAAGGCUGUCAGGGCAUGACAGUUCCACAUGACAUUCUAAUGGUGCAAAUGAACAACCGUCUCAUUAGUGAAGAGUUAAACUAUGAUAGGAUGAGAAUGCAAGAAGAGUACUCUCAGAUGUUGCAUAAACUAAAUUCUGAUCAGAAGGCAAUUCAUGAUAGAGUUCUUCAAUUUGUUGAUUCAAGGAAUGGCAAGCUUUGUGUACGGAUCAGGUGGAACAGGGAAAACAUAUCUUUGGAGAACUCUCCUUUCAAAAAUCAGAUCUGA